GCGGGGAGUAACGCAUCAUCCAGCACAAAUCUGACCGGGUGGGGAAACUAUUUGGGGACUCCGGAUAAACUACAGACUCGGUUGACUUAUGAGAAACCGGAAUAACGCGUAGUCAACCUUACUUCUUUGAGAAAAUUUCGCCUAAAGUGUUGGAUUUUCCUCUCUUUAUCUGCAUUUCCUUUGGAGGCCGCAGAAGCCUCGGGCUCGCUUUGGCUACACACCGGUGCGAGUGCAAGAAGACAUCUGCGGGAUUGUUUGGAAAGUGUCGCGAAAUGUGUUUGCCAGAAUUUGGCGGUUUUAAGUCGUUUAUUUUAUAGAGUCAAUUGUGUUUACACGACAGUCAAAAGUGUGAUUAAUGUGGAGUAGUAAAAAAGUUGCACGCUAACUAGUUAGCUAGCAUGCUACAAUGCUAGUUAGCUACCUAGCAGCGAAACUCAAGCAGGUUGAAUGAAUGAAUGAAUGAAUUGGCGACCGGGUGCAUUUAACUAACAAGUGCUUGCUUUUAUUACAAGAACACGUCGAACAUUACAUGAGACGACACAGAUUUGGUGCAUCGGGGUGAGCCUGUGUGGCUAACUCUUGUUUGGCUGUUACACUUCAUACCCUCGGAUGGACAGGAAUGCGAUUCCAGGGAGUUGGUGGACAGCGGCGAUUUAGCACGCAAAGAUAGUGUUGUGCUAAUACUGACAAAGCCCGGUAAUGUUUAUGAAGCUGGGGAAAGCUAACUUUAGCUAGCCACGAAUAUUUGCACUGCUUGGACUUGGCUGCGAUAGUGUGAAGCUUACGGAAUGGGGAAUACGGUGUCAUGCUGCGUCUCCCCCGAGUCGAGCCCCAAACUACCGUCGAGACAACCGGCGGAGCGGCUGGAGGAGUUCCAGACCAGCACCGAAGUGAGCGAUGAUAACACCGUGCCCUACCUGCAGCACAUAAGCGACAGAGAGGUCCCUGAUGAGCUGGCUUUGGAGUCCAACCCGUCUGACCACGCCCGGGCGAGCACCAUCUUCCUUAGCAAGUCCCAGACAGACGUGCGAGACAAGAGGAAAAGCAACCACAUAAAUCAUAUCAGUCAUGUUUCUCCUGGUCCACUGUCAAAGAAAUACAGCUCCUGUUCCACAAUCUUCAUAGACGACAACACGGUCAGCCAGCCAAACCUCAAAAGCACAAUCAAAUGUGUGACGUUAGCAAUAUACUACCACAUAAAAAACAGGGACUCUGACAGGUCACUGGACAUCUUUGAUGAGAAGUUGCACCCCUUAUCAAGAGAGCCAGUGCCAGAUGACUACGCUCAUGUCGACCCAGAACACAAACUGAUCUACCGCUUCGUCAGGACGCUCUUCAGCGCUGCACAGCUCACUGCAGAAUGUGCCAUCGUCACUCUAGUAAGUCGGUGUACUUUGGAGCGCCUGCUGACCUACGCCGAGCUGGAUAUCUGCCCCGCCAACUGGAAGCGAAUCGUCCUGGGAGCCAUCCUGUUGGCUUCCAAAGUCUGGGACGACCAGGCUGUGUGGAACGUUGACUACUGCCAGAUCCUAAAAGACAUCACUGUGGAGGACAUGAACGAGAUGGAGCGCCACUUCUUGGAACUUCUCCAGUUUAAUAUCAACGUGCCAGCCAGUGUCUACGCCAAGUACUACUUUGAUCUGCGGCAGCUGGCUGAUGACAACAACCUCAACUUCCCCCUGGAGCCUCUCAACAACCAACGCGCCCAGAAACUAGAGGCCAUUUCAAGACUUUGUGAAGACAAGUAUAAGGACCUGAGUCGAGCAGCAAUGAGACGAUCCUUCAGUGCAGACAACCUGAUAGGUAUACGACGCUCCAACGCUGUGCUGUCAUAGGCCAGAGUGCUGCCCGCUCAUUUCCAAACCCACAGACCGCCCCGGACAGUCGUAGCCUCCCCACAGGUUCCACAUCAGACUCAGAUUCAGGUUGGAAAUGCUACUGUAUGACCUCCGCAAACGGUAACUUUGAUAACAGCUGUCGAGCUGCGUGAUUGUCAAAUUACACUUGAAAUUGAGGUGUUAACCUAAAACCACGCAACUAUUGUUUUAUAAAUUCCUUAUUUAUUUCUUACUUGUCCCUUAUUUCCUGGAGAAAGUGUUAAGUAGGACUUACUCUCCUGCAGUUGUCUCUGAGGGGUCGUCCUUGUAUCGUCAUAAAAAUGUAAUUUAUCCCCCAAAAUAUUUGAAUUACUCCUUGCAGCCUGGUGUUAUUCUGUUUUUUUAGUUGUCACAAAAUUUCAUGAGAAGACCAAAAUCAACAAUGUGUUUAGACAAUGGAGUAGAAGUGCAGCUGUGUGUUUGUGGUGAUCACACACAGCUGCUCUUUACUUCAGGGGCGCGGUGCUUAUUCCAUCCUGUGAGGGGCUCAUUGCAUGGGAGGAAUAUGGUCUCCGAAAAAAUAAAAAUAGAUAAAAAUGCAAAAACAACUGCAGCCUUACUUAUUCAGGUUAGAUCAAAUAAGAGAAAAAGGAACUAUUUUGCUAGUUGUUUUUUUAUUUUUGCGAUACUGGUGCUAAGACGACACUUUGAAAACGGUUCUGGUGCCUAAUUGGAGCCUUAAAAAGGCGAUCAUCAAUAGCGCACAAAAAUAUGGUUAACAACAUAAAGAACAGCUUUUUUUGCAAAAGCGAUUUAAACUUGAAAUUGAAGUAAAUGUUUACUCUUAACAGUUUUACUAAUAAUACUUAAAUAUAUAAAGAUAAAUAGAACACUAUUGACAUACAGUACAUAAAAAUAAAACCUAACUCAGUCAGGUUAGUUUAAUACUAAAUAACGGUUACAGUACUAAUAACAGCAGAAUAAAUUUGAGUCAGGAAGAGACUCAACAGCCAGAUAUUUCUCUAUUAUUUAAUUUUUUCGGUGCUUUAUCCAAUGUUUCUUUCUUUUUUGUUUCUCUCCAAAGCUUUAAAAUCUGAACUGACUAUGGGACUUUCAGUGUGAAAGUGGCAUUUGUGUAAUAUAGUAAACAACCUAACAGCACUAAAGAUGCAAAUGCGCAACAACAUUUUUCACAGACACUAAAUAUAAACCAAAAGCCAGAGACUGUAUCGGAUUAAUUUGCUGUGAGCUGUAAAUUCACCACUUGUUCACGUUAUGGUGCGGUCGCUCUCCUCCUCCGUGCCUCUGCCUGCAUGUCUGCAGCUGCAAAGAGUGCUGUUAAAGUCAAGAGCGCUCGACUGAGGAUGUCUGACUAAUGUUUCAAGUCUCUGGCUUUAAAGAGGCAGCCCUGGAGAUUAUUAUUACUAAUAAUAAGAUAAGUGAGCCUGGUCAGGUUCAAAUGUGAGGCUGUUGCUCGUGAACUUCGGGGUUAACCCCACUUCAUUAAUCACCAGGUGGCAAGCAAGACACGCAAACUUGUAGCUGACAGAUAACCUAAACCGUAUGCACAUUGCACUGCAAUGAGUUCAUACUCUGUUCUCCGACCCCACAGCCUAACUUUAACCUGUUUCACUUGCACGCUCACUACGCACAUAAUCUGGCACCGAAAUUGCAUUGCAAUUUGGUCCGGUAGGUACCGCUCGCAUAGAGGUAUGUACGGUUCCCAACACAAGGUGUGGCUUAUUGAUUUGUUUUUAACAGUGUAUGAAUAUUAACAAAGCUCACAGAGGAUUAAGAUAAUUCAGACUUUCAAUACACGGAAAAUAUCUGACAGUCUGAUCAAUUAUUGUUGAUUUUGGUCUUUUGUUGAGAUUUUUUGACAGUAAGGAAAUAAAGAUCAUUACCAGAUACAUCCUUUUUUUUAAUAGGACCGUCACAUCAAAUGCAAAAUUUGUUCUUUGUAAAUUAGAUUUAACACCAAAAGUUCAUUUUGAGAGUGUAAAAAAAAAAAAAAAAAAAAGACGUGUUUACUGUUCCAGUGGUGUUGGAUUAUAUUUCAGUAAGUUCUCUAUAAUUGAAUUUGGGUGGAGCGCACAGCAUGUUGAAGUAUUUAACGAUAAAUAUUCUGCAGGAGUUGGCUGAAGUAAGCAGUAACCUUUUGUUAUAAUUUGUUUGGGAUUCAGGAGUGCCAAUCAGGGGUCCGUUUCACUUUCCACAUAAACUUUAUGUCGUCAAAAAGGAGCGAGAUUACAGAUUCUGGAUCAGUAUUGCUACCGAGUGGCUGGAUGUAGCAGUUAGGUCAACAAAGUGUAGGUUGGGUUCACACUGUCCUCCCUCAGUAUUGUGUCCCUCAAAUCCUGCCAUCCUGACCCCGCCUCAAAGAGCCCGUCAUCACAUUACAAACCCGUGCUUGUCCCCGGCCCCCGAGCAGAGCUCUCGAACAAACUACAUAGAUAUCGAGGGGAAACAGAGACUGAUGGAUACUCCCCUCCUUUUUGCUUACUAUGUAGGCUACUUAGCUGUGAAAUUUGUCUUGUUUUUAAUUGAUAAAAGAAAAAAACAUUUGCAGAUGGAGUAUUUUAAAUAAACACUAAUCAUGUAACAAAGAUAUUUUGUAAUUGGAAAUUGUUUUGUAUGGCUGGUGAUCAGGAUGUGUUGUGGUUGUGAAUGUGA